GUGAAUAUAUUCUUAGUCAAGUCAUUCGUCUACAUUUUGAAGUAGAGAACACACCAAGUUCUUGAUUGGGAAUAUUUUUGAAAAAUGAAAGUCGUUAUUUUGUUCGCUCUGCUAGCUGCUGCAUGCGCAGACGUAUCACAUAUUCUACAAGAAGAUGGAUACCAUUACCAAGUUCCAAGCCAGCCUUUCCCUGCCCAAACACCGGUAGUGGAUAUUCCAGUUCCUGCACCAACUAGACCACAACCAACCUACGCCCCAGUGCAGCCAGCUCCAAGGCCACAACCAACUUACGCCCCAGUGCAGCCAGCUCCAAGGCCACAACCAACUUACGCCCCAGUGCAGCCAGCUCCAAGGCCACAACCAACUUACGCCCCAGUGCAGCCAGCUCCAAGGCCACAACCAACCUACGCUCCAGUACAGCCAGCUCCAAGGCCACAACCAACUUACGCCCCAGUGCAGCCAGCUCCAAGGCCACAACCAACCUAUGCUCCUGCUAAACCUGCUCCCACACCAGCACCAUACAAACCAGUAGCACCACAAUACUUACCCCCGGUUGCACCUGCCCCUAAACCACAACCUACUUUUGCUCCAAUCCAGCCAGCCCCAAGGCCACAACCUACUUUUGCUCCAAUCCAGCCAGCUCCAAGACCACAACCAACCUACACACCAAUCCAGCCAGCACCAAGGCCACAACCCACCUACACCCCAAUCCAGCCAGCUCCAAAGCCACAACCAACCUAUGCCCCUGUGCAGCCAGCUCCAAGACCACAACCAACCUACGCUCCAAGGCCACAGCCUACUCCCGGCAAGGAAUACCUACCACCUUCCCCAAUCGCCCCUAAGCCCCAACCCGCUCCUCAACCAAUCUAUAAGCCACAGCCAGCUCCUCAACCAAUCUACAAGCCACAGCCAGCUCCUCAACCAACCUACAAGCCACAGCCAGCUCCUCAACCAAUUUACAAGCCACAACCAGCUCCUCAGCCAAUUUACAAGCCCCAGCCAGCUCCUCAACCAAUCUACAAGCCACAACCAGCCCCUCAACCAAUCUACAAGCCACAACCAGCCCCUCAACCAAUCUACAAGCCACAACCAGCCCCACAACCAAUCUACAAGCCACAACCAGCCCCUCAACCAAUCUACAAGCCACAACCAGCUCCUCAACCAAUCUACAAGCCUCAGCCAGCACCACAAGUACCAGAAUACGAAAGUCACCAAGAUGGUUAUGUUUAUAACAACAACCCAAAUCCAUCCUUCAACUUCUAACUUUAAGCACUACGAUAAAUUAGAUAGCAAUCGACUUAAUUUGCCAUGAGUUCCAUUAAGUUAUAAAAGUUGAGUUUUAUUGCUUUUUAAUUUUUUUUUUAAUUAAAUUGUUAAUGCAACUUAACUUUACAAACAAAUUAAUAAACAAAAACUAUGUUACAUUUUUGCCAAAAAAGAAAACUAUGUAAAUAUAAAAAAUACAGAAAACUUU